CAAAAAAGCUCAACAACUAAGAUGGCGAUUAGAGAGGGGCCGCUGAGUAAAUGGACUAAUGUAAUGAAAGGAUGGCAAUACAGGUGGUUUGUAUUGGAAAAUGAAACUGGAUUGCUUAGCUAUUACACUUCUGCGCUAAUAGGCGUUGAUGAUGAAGAUGAUUGCACUUUUACGAUAACAGUUGAAAGCAAAACAUAUCACUUUCAGACAAGGGAUUCGAAAGAGAAAGAUAAUUGGAUAGCAGAUCUCCAAAUUUGUAUCGAUAGUCAAACAUUACUAACAAUGAAAAAUAGGGAAAACUAUUCAAAAUCAUUGGAAAAUUUCGACAAAAAACUAUUAGAAAGUGAUGGAUAUUUACAAUUAUUGAUCUCGGGUGUUCAGGGAUUAGAAGAACGCAUAGAACUGUGCGCUGAUGACGAGAGCGCAAAUAAAUUGAGAGAAAUUCGAGAUGCAAGCCAAAACUUGAUUGAAACAGUAAAACAUAGUAUUGUUUUAUUACAAAUGGCAAAGCAAAACAUUAUUGGUCUGCAAGAAGCAGGAGUAUUAGAGUUCAGCCAACAGUGUCAAGUAACUGCUAAUGUUAAUGGUAAUAACGGUAGUAAAAAUAGUCCAACUAUGCCUAAACGUGUAGCGAAUAAAACUCCUGAAUUUAGUUCGGAAAGUGAGGAUGACUUUUUUGAUGCUGAUGAUGGAAUUGCAAAUGCUAAUGUAAAAGAAGAUAAAAAAACUGCGAAAACAGAAGCUGAAAUCAAUGGUGUGGAUCACACUGUCACUGAUCUGACGAGAUUUGAUGAUUACUAUGAUAUUAAUAAUGAAGAAGACUUGGGGAGUGUUGAGCAGCAGCAUGGAAGUCUAAUCCGGCAUCUUCUUUCUCAAGUACGGAUAGGGAUGGAUCUGACAAAAAUAACUCUUCCAACGUUUAUUUUAGAAAGACGGUCACUCUUAGAAAUGUUUGCUGAUUUUCUGGCUCAUCCUGAUUUAUGGUGUGCUAUCGCUGAUGGGGAGACUCCCGAGGACAGAAUGGUUGCAUGUCUUCGAUGGUACUUGUCAGCAUUUCAUGCUGGAAGAAAUGCAUCAAUUGCUAAAAAGCCAUACAAUCCAAUACUAGGUGAAAUUUUUCAAUGCCACUAUGAUAUGGAAAGGUUUUUUCCAAAUAGCGGUGAAAAGGAAGUUAAAGAUGGUCCGGUAGCCUGGGCUAAAGAGAGAGAUGUUUCCAUCGUAGCUGAACAAGUCUCUCAUCACCCGCCCAUCUCAGCCUUCUAUGCAGAGAAUGUAUCCAAGAGACUUUCAUUAAAUGCCCAUAUCUGGACGAAAUCCAAAUUUUUAGGUUUAUCUAUAGGAGUAUCUAUGGUUGGAAAAGCCGUUUUAUCAGUUUUAGAUCAUAACGAGGAAUAUACUAUUUCUUUUCCUUCUUGCUACGGACGAGCAAUCUUAACUACGCCUUGGAUGGAAUUAGGUGGAAAAACUCAAAUAACUUGUAAUACAGGUUAUACUGCAAACAUAGAUUUUCACUCUAAACCGUUCUAUGGAGGCAAGAAGCAUACUAUUACGGCUGAUAUCAUGCCACCUGGAGGUCAACCGAAAAGUAAGCCGCUUCUAAGUGUUCAAGGGGAAUGGAAUGGUGUUAUGCAAGCAACUUGGUUGGCCACUAAUAAAACUGAAUUAUUUCUUGAUACACAAAAAAUGAAUGUUCAUCCUAAAAGUAUUAGACCAAUUGCAGAUCAAGAUGUUCACGAAUCAAGACAAAUGUGGAAAUACGUAACAUAUUAUCUGGCAAAAAAGGAUGUUUUACAUGCUACCGAGCAUAAAUCGAAAUUGGAGCAAAAACAAAGAGAAGAAGCUAAAGCUAGAAAAGAAACAGGUGCAGAAUGGAAGCAGAGAGUCUUUGACUGUAUUGGCGAUGAUUAUUUUUAUAAAACUCCUUUGAAGGAUAGAAUUGAAAUUCAUCAUUCCAAUAAUUAG